GAUGCCCCGCACCGACGUCUCUCGUCGUUGACGCGCUCCCGAAUACGUUUGCGUAUCGUGGACUCUCACUCCAGUGACUAGUGCGAGCAUGUGAUAGGAACUCACGAUACGACCAAACGUAGUGUUUCUUUUCGUGGUACGCCGUAUCCGCUAUCAUGUACAAGACGGUGAGACACGGUGAAAAUAGUCUCCAAUACACUAUUCUUCCGCAAACGGAGGAGGUGCUAAACAACAGCGGUCUCAAAGGAAAGGGCCGCGACUACAGCCCCUCGAUCCACGUUCGGCGGUCCCGGAGAUCUACCGUGAAAUAUGUUUUACUGAUUAUUUUUGGAAUUAUAGUUGCACUCGCUCUCGCAUCUGUUCCGCUUUAUGUUAUGAACGGUGCGUUGUACGCUCGAAGGAAUCAGCAGGACAAUCAUGAAGUGAUCACAAAUGCGCCUCUAGCUCCCGCUGGACGGGAAAUAGUGAAAUCGCGAAAAAAGGAACUUAAAAUCUCUCCAGAAAUCAUAUCCACUUUAGACGCAAAAGUCGAAACAAGUACUGUGACAACGUCAUCCACUUUACCUCCUUCGACUACAUCAGCUACAGUGACGAGCGAAAAGCCAACGACUCCACCAUGGACUAUGCCUGCUCUACGGUCCUGGAAGAGUUCGACAGCUUCUACUACGAUUCGCCCGAUACCAACGGAGGGUAAUGCAGAAAUUCCACUCAUCGGCACUCCAUCAGGCGGCAUACGCCUCCUCGACAACUACAUGUCGGUGAAGCCUUGGGAGAAGGACAUAAUAAUUCGUCCAACUGUGACUCCUGAACCUAUCACAUUGCGCAAUGUGUUCAGAUAUUACUCUCGUGCGUUCGUGCCCUCGGAGAAACCAGUUGCUCAGAGUACGAAAGUGUUCGACGACGUAUUAAUAACUACCAAACCGACCACAACUCGGACUCCAGUGACGACGGAAUUUUCGACGAAUAGCGAAAGGUCAAAGCUGAAGGACCUGAAGGAUACUCUACUGUCUGUGGACGACGACGAUGACUUUAAGGAGUCGCUGGAGGUGGACGAGGUGUUUUCUCUACCGCCGUCGAAGCCGGACUCGUCCAGCUCGGACUCGGACGAGGUGACGGUGCUGAAGGCUGGCGAGAGCGGCUGGUACGGCGCGCGGUGGCCCUUCGUGGACACGUCAUCGUACUUCCAGUGGACAGGCUACUCCCCCGGCGACAACUUGCUGCUGCCGCUGCUGGUGGCAGCCCUGUCGUCCAUCGCGCUGGUGCUGCUGCUCGCGCUGGCCGUCAGGCGCCGCAAGAGGGCGCACACCGCCACCGCGCAGAUUGGGAAGUUAACCGCCGAACUUCAGGCUGACGACAACACCAACCUACUGACGGCCGAGAACCCAGACGACGCAGAGGCCGAGGAGUGAAUCCUCCCGCCGCGCUUCCGCUUGUUCCCAGACCGACUAAGAAUGUCUCAUGUGCACUGUGCAGACCCUUGAAGACAUGUUUGUUUACGUUUGGAAACAUAUUUUGCAACACGCAUCACACGAACGCACAUAAGGCAUUCUAAGCACCUUGUAAUGAUUUAGCCGGCUUAGAGUAGUUCCCACUACAGCAACGGAGCACCAGCUCCUUCUCUCCAAUCACAUUUCAGACAUUCAGUGCCUAUUGUUUGUAUAUAAUGAACGACUCGGUAGGCCCUCGGAUCAGAGAUGGCCAGAUGUGAAUUCCAUAUUCAGAGAUACGAUAUAAUAUGUAAGUAUAUUUUGUAAACGCACUAGAUAUUCGACUGUAGUUUAGGUACGUACGUGUCAAAUGCCAAAGUUGCUAAAAUUUAUUUUUGUUACGAAAUAAUCUACAACGUAUGGAAUCAUGAUGUCGUCGAGACGAUUUUAGAUAUAGUAACGCCCUCAUGAGCUUGCUAGUAACUUUAUCGGAACCAUUGACAUAUAAAAUAUGUUCAUUCAUUAAUUUCAUACUGGCAAUUACAAACAGAUGCUCAAGAUCUUCGUCAUUUGUAAAAAAGCAUGCUUUUUGUCCUUAUCAAAGCGUUAAUGUAUUCAAGUCGAGCAGCACAAUAUAAUCUGUAGUUUAUUUCUUUAACAUACCUACGAGUGAACUGCGGGUGGUCUUAGAGUUUGUGCUAUGUAUAUCAUAUCUCUGAAGUUUCGAUUGUAUGACUCGUCAGUAUUAACAAAACCCUGUGGUAUAUAAAUGUACUUGUAAGCAUAUUUAUUUUUGGUGUAGUCUGAUAGGUUAAGGAAAUAUCAAUUUCGGUGUAAUUGGACGUCACUUUCAAUUUCCAUAUAUUCCAUAUUUGCAUCAUUUUAAUAUAGAUAUAAGACUGACGUAAGAUUGAGUUACGAUUUCAGCUAGUAUUGAAUCGUGAUAAUGUUAUAUGUAGGGCUAUUCCUUUUAACGGCACUAUUUGUUUUUUGAUUGUGACAAGAACUAUCGGUGUGUACUUAAUGCAUAAUUGUUUAUGUAUUUCAAUGUUAGAUUACACGAGUGUUAGGGGGAGGGAAAUGUUCUAGAUAGAUAUUGAAUUGUGAUACCUCGUAGUAUCUCGAGUGCGCGGGUCCCCUGUAGAAGGAAUUGCGAGGCCACGGUUGCACGGCUGUCCGCAAGCCAGCACAGUCUUUGGGCAAUAGUGGUCGAAUAUUUAACUGACGUAAUUAUAAGUAUAAAACCUUAUUAUCAAUCAUGCUAGAGACAUUUUAUAUCAUGCGAAGUCAAAGCACGGUUACCUAUAGAAUAUAUUAGCUUUUGUGUCCAAUUAGUAUACUGUGGUUGCCUCGAGCAGUGUGAUUAUUUCGUAUUUGCUGAUAACACCCAUCAUGUACAUAAAUAAUGAAAUAAAUUAUGUUUUCCCACCCAA